GAUAGAUUCCCAGAAGUGGGAUAACUGGAUCAGAGGGUGGUUACCCUGUGUAUAAGAGUGUGUGUCUCACUGCACCUUCAAUGGCAUUGAGUAGAUUGUCAGUAUUUAAACAGACCACAUCAUGCACCGUUCAAUUUGUUCAGGGAAUUUUUGUGGAAAAAUAUGACCCAACGAUAGAAGAUUCCUACAGAAAGCAAGUUGAAGUAGACUGCCAACAGUGUAUGCUCGAAAUCCUGGAUACAGCGGGAACGGAGCAAUUUACAGCGAUGCGAGAUUUGUAUAUGAAGAAUGGCCAAGGGUUUGCACUAGUAUAUUCUAUUACAGCUCAGUCCACGUUUAAUGACUUACAGGACCUGAGGGAACAGAUUUUACGGGUUAAGGACACAGAAGAUGUUCCAAUGAUUUUGGUUGGCAAUAAAUGUGACCUGGAAGAUGAGCGAGUAGUUGGCAAAGAACAGGGUCAGAAUUUAGCAAGACAGUGGUGUAACUGUGCCUUUUUAGAAUCUUCUGCAAAGUCAAAGAUCAACGUUAAUGAGAUAUUUUAUGACCUGGUCAGACAGAUAAAUAGGAAAACACCAGUGGAAAAGAAGAAGCCCAAAAAGAAAUCAUGUCUGCUGCUUUAGACCUGCAGUAAGCAGCAGCUCUGAGCCAGAUUUACAGGAAUGAAGAACUGUUGCCUAAUUGGAAAGUGCCAGCAUUCCAGACUUCAAAAAAUAAAUCUGAAGAGGCUUCUUCUGUUUUAUAUAUUAUGUGAAGAAUUUAGAUCUUAUAUUGGUUUGCACAAGUUCCCUGGAGAAAAAAAAAAUUGCUCUGUGUAUAUCUCUUGGAAAAUAAGACAAUAGUAUUUCUCCUUUGCAAUAGCAGUUAUAACAGAUGUGAAAAUAAAUAUACUUGACUCUAAUAUGAUUAUACAAAAGAGCAUGGAUGCAUUUCAAAUGUUAGAUAUUGCUACUAUAAUCAGAUGAUUUCAUAUUGACCUUUUUAUCAUGUUUCCUCCCUGUCAAGCACUAAAAAGUUGAACCAUUAUACUUUAUAUCUGUAAUGAUAUAGAUUAUGAAAAUUUCCCCUCAAACUCAUUGCAGCAGAUAACUUUUUUGAGUCAUUGACUUCAUUUUAUAUUUAAAAAAUUAUGAAAUAUCAUUCUGUCAUUAUAUUCUAAUUAAAAUUGUUUGUGCAUAAUGCUUUGGAAAAAUGGGUCUUUUAUAGGAAAAAACUGGGAUAACUGAUUUCUAUGGCUUUCAAAGCUAAAAUAUAUAAUAUACUAAACCAACUCUAAUAUUGCUUCUUGUGUUUUACUGUCAGAUUAAAUUACAGCUUUUAUGGAUGAUUAAAUUUUAGUACAUUUUCAUUUGGUUUGUGUGUUUUUGUUAUUGUUUAUAGAUUUAAGGCCUUUAUUUUAUAAUGAUCACAUCAUUUUAAAUGCAGGCCGUAGCUCCUUUCUGGUUGGUCCCUACAGAACACUUGGCUUUAAAUCCCGAAGUAAAUGGUGAUCUCUCUAUGAACAGACCUCGCACUUUCUGUUCUAGAUAUAUUUAUUCCUAUUAUACAGUAAAGUACAUGAGACUACAUUCAGUAGUUUUGUAUAUUCUCUCUUGAUCUUAAAGAUUGUAUCUUAUUGAAUAAAAUAUCCCACUGUGUAUUAUUUUUAUAUGUAAAAGAUAAGUUUAAUACUGUAUCAGGGUUUAACUUUUACUAUUUCAAAUCUUCCGCAGCUUGUAAUUUCAUCAAGGGAAUCCUUUUGCCAUUGUUAAUUUGUUGAGUGUAAGUCCACCAAUGAAAUGUUAUGUAAAAAUUUUCAAAUUUGCUUUAUAAUAGAUUGAAGAAUCUGAAAGAAGUGGAUGAAAGUGAAAAAGCAUACAAAGGAUGUGUCAGUUGCUUUUUCUUUGACAUAUGUGAAGUAGUAUAGUGGUAGCCAUAUGGAAAAGAUUGUGAAGUUACGUUUUUAGCUGGCUAUUUAGUGGUGCUUUUCUUUUCCUUCCCAGUUUUUUUUUGUUUUUUACAAAAGUGAGGCUUAAGUAGGACAUGAAGCUAGGGUGAUAGGAUUUAUGCACGCCCUAGAGGUAGAGCCGAACAGCUUGUUAGCCAUUUAAGUGCUGGAGAGGGAAAGAAACAAGUUUAGGAAACCCUGUGCCUUGUCCCUGAAUGUUAAGGAGGAGACCCGUCCUAGAGGGUCCAAAGCAUUGCUCAGGGAUCUAGAUGCUGUCUUGUUGCAACUAGGUGUGAAGUAGCGUUCAUGCCUUGCUGAGAUUCCAGGAGUGCGGUCAGCCCCACCAGGUACUGAACUGAAAUUUAAAGAUGAGAUUUCCAAGGUUAGCUCUGACCAACCUGAGAAAAUGUAAAAAUACUAUAAAAAAGGUAUAUAGAAAUUGUAUUCUUCUAAGUUUCUAAUCAACGUAGUUACCUAAUAACUUCUACUGAUCCAGUAAUACAUAUGUCUGGGACUAGGGGCCAAAAAAAUCUCAUAAAUGCAAUAAAUUAAAAAAAAAUGAAGCAUUAGGGCCAGACCGUCCAGGUCAGGGUGGCAUAUUUUAAGGUCCUCUAAAGUUAUUCUGCUUUAAAACUCACCUCUCAAGCAUUCCUUUGGAUUUAAAGAUCAUAGGUAAGGUAAACAUCUCAUAAACUAGUAGACGUUUCUAAAUAUUACCUGUUACAUAAUUGUAUAGUUAUUUGCCAGAGUUAAGUAGGAAUUAUUUUAAAUAAGAAUAACUCCAGGUUACAAUCUGCUUGACUAGUAGCAUAAACUCAGUGUUCUCUGUUUUAGAACAGGGUAGGAAAAGAUGGCAGGUAUUGGAUUUCUUUGUUACAUUGUGUACAGUCCACUUGGGAUCAAGUGAAACUGUGAAGAAACAUGCCCUUGUGGCCCACUGUCGUAUGACGAGCAGGACCAGCCGAAAUCAGAGAUACGCGUCACUGUCGCAAAGAAGGCUGCCAUUGCUGAGCAAGGUGGAGAGACAUCCUGUUGGUGAGAUGGGUGGGCCUCUUACAGGGUGAGCCCCUCCCUGCGUGAAGUCCUUCCUCUCAGUCCCAGAGGGGAGGAAAAUAAGAUGUGUCUUUAGAGCAGAAAAAUCAAAAAGUCCUCAAGGAUAGUAUGAGAAUCUCAUGAUAAAUAUUCAAAAACUGAAACCAUGCUAUUAGUAUUUAUGGCUAUUUGGCAUAUAAUAACUUUGGUUUUAUGAGUAAUGUAUAAUUUAAAGGAGGCUCAAUGUCACAGUCACUAGUUUGCUUUUUUCCGCUAAAACGCAAACGACUUUAAUGGCUGAGUAAUGUCCCCAAACCGUCUCUAAGAACCGAACAGGAAGCGCAUAAUCUAUCAGUCUCCCCUCCACCAGAGGGAGCUUCAGCAUCAGUUAACGCUUCCCGGAGCAUUGAGUUACAAGUGUGUAUGCGAGCCUUCUCUGCUGUAAACACUGCAUGCCUCGCAAAGAGGCGUCAGGGCCUCCUCGCAAGAGUUUGUGGUUUAAUUGGGCAGGGAAGAUAUGAGAAGCUCAUCAAAGACAAGAAUAAUACUGAACCGUGGCCACAGGGUAAGUUCCCUUAGGAGAGGUAGAGAGGGGUGGAUAGCGGCCUGUCAUUCUCUUCCCCUCCAGCUGGGAACGGAUCUCUGUUAGGCGCCUGGAUCUGCCAUCUAACUGGCCGCCUUUGCCCCUCAGCGAGGCAGCCUGAAGCGUUGCAGUCCCACGACGCUUGGGAAAGUUACUCCUUGGGAAGAUACACUGAUGUCUCAUUAUUACGAGCUUUACGAAAACAGGUUACUUGGUCUGGAGCUAUUUUUCUUCACUUCCGAACUUUCCACAUUUUCUAGACCUGCCCAAUUUCAUAUAUUUUGCCUCAUCAUCUGUGUAGGUACACAUGUAUUUGUCAGUUCAUGUAUCCGAUUUUUGUUUUCAAGACUGAGGGGCAGCAUUUCUUUCGCAAACCAUCACAGUAGAAUGUCAGAGGACCCAAACAAAAUCCACCCGUUCACACGUGUUGUGAAACCAAAGGGAAGAAAUUGUCAGGUGUUUGGAGGAGAAGAAUAAGUUGUAAAGUAACCUUUUGUUUUAUUUGGGUCUUGUACUUACUUAAGGUGCUACUUAAAUGUGCGUUGAAAUAGCCCCCCCUUGACUCAGCUCCAAACUGAAAAGGGCAGAGUAGCUUGGGUUGCUGGUCCAGGAUCCGGAAAGGGCCCAUCUUGCGGGGAAAGAAAUGAAUGUGAGCUUUUGAGGCAGUCUGACCACCCAGGUUUUAGCAUUUCUAGUCCCCCCAAACUGUAGAAAAUGCAAGUUAUUCUUGAAAAUGUAGUAUAGACAUUGCAUUGAACAUGGGUUUUUCUUACAACUUCAUCUCGGGUUUGUUGAAUGUGCAGUCCCUUUGUUUAAUGCCGUAUCUUGCUUAAAUAUUCUUGUUGGGAACAGCUGGAGACUUUGAACUGGGUACCUGGUUCUGUUUUCUGGGAAGGCAGCAUGGAUUCUGUUGAAAGCAAGAGCUUUAAAAGUGAAUUGGGGCGGGGGGGGUGCAAGUUCUUUGGCUUGUUAAGCUUCCUGUGGUUCUGGGCCCAAGGUGUGACAUAUAUUUCCUGCUAUUCGCUUCUCUUAAGAAGCAUGGGUUUGGCUGUUCCUUUUGAGGAAAACUCUUAAUAAACCUUCUUCCCAUUUUAA